AUGGGUAACAUUGAGGAACGGGUGAUGAAGAUAAUUGCUGAACAGCUCGGGGUCAAGGAGGAAGAAGUAACCCGUGAAAAGAGCUUUGUCGACGACCUUGGUGCCGACUCUCUUGAUACUGUUGAGCUCAUUAUGGCGCUGGAGGAGGAAUUUGAGACUGAGAUCCCCGAUCAAGAGGCGGAAAGGAUCACCACCGUUCAAGCCGCUAUUGACUACAUCAAGCAUAGGGCUUAA